GGCCGCAAUUUGGAUGGGAUCCUGUUUGCCAUGAGUUUUCUCGAGCGCUGGCAACACAGACAAGAACAGUUGAGCGGAAACGUGAAUCCAGUCACCACUCAACCUGCUACGGACAAUGUUCCCUUGUCUUCCUUGGCCAAGAAUAAACGAGUUGUGAUUGUGGGUGGAGGGGACACCAGCGUGGGCUGCACGGCAACAGCACUGAGACAAGGGGCCAAGUCUAUAACCAUACUGGAUAUUCGGCCUGCGCCUCCCCCUUCACGCAACCCGCACGAAAACCCAUGGCCUGAAUAUCCGCGAAUAUGGCGCGUGGAAUACGCACACGCCGAAGUUACUCGAUGCUUCGGACAGGACCCUCGCAUAUUCAACAUCGCCACUAAGGAGUUUCUGGAUAAUGGAUCCGGUGCAGUCGGUGGUGUCCGUACCAUAAGGGUGAAGUUGAGCAAGGAUCCAGAAACAGGCUCGAGGAGAAUGGAAGAGAUCACUGGUAAGUUUUCUCCUCAGCCGAAUCCUUUUACACCAGCAGAACUUGUUAGAACAUGUGCACGGAUAAACAGACGUCAUCAAUUCAUCUGUCAUGUGACCGCUUGCCAUCCGCUGCGUGCACUGUCUUCACCCCUGUGCCUUUGUGUAUAUCCAUACCUGUCGCACCAUCUACUCCGCGGGUUACUUUCUCGACCAUCGGACCAGGUUAGCUGUUGGACGCAGCGUAAGAUCGUCCAAACAGACCUCAACGCACUUCGUGAUCUAUUUUAG